UUCUGUUGGUUAAUAAAGAUACACGCUGAUUGAAAUGGCGUCAGUCGGGCUGCGUGGUUGGGCUCUCUGCGCCGUGUCUCUCCUAAACACGGCGUUUGUUGUCAUAUCCGGUGCAGACUUUAUUCAGUUUAUAUCAUUUCGAGCCAUUUACCACAACAUCACAGGGGACACGACGCUCUGUCAAGACUCUAUACCGUGGUCGGUGGCCCUGCAGGACAGCUCUGUCCUCGGGUCUCUCUUCAUGGAUCUGGGGCUGCUGGCUCUCUUCAUCAUGCAGCACAGCCUGCUCGCCUGGUCACCCGUCAAACAGGCCCUCCAAUCAGUGCUGGGGCCCCUUAACAGGACGGCUUACUGCUUCACCACAGCACUGGCACUCCAGAUCAUCAUGCGUUACUGGCAGCCUGUGACAGGCGCCCCCUGUCUGUGGUCGGUGCGUCAUGCACCCUGGAGUGUCUGGUUCCCUCUGCUGUGCUUCAGUCUGCACUUCCUCUGCUGGGCAAUCAUCUGCAGCAUCCUCAUGAUCUUUGAUUACCUGGAACUGUUGGGCAUCAAGCAGGUUUACAACAAUUGUCUCGGUUUUGGUGACCCUCUGACUUACAAGUCACCUGGCGCCCAGCGCCUGCUGUCUCACCUCCGCCACCCGGUGUGCCUUGAGCUCGGUGUCGUGCUGUGGCUCCUGCCGGCCUUGUCCCUGGACAGGCUCCUGCUGGCGGGAACUCUGUCGACCUACCUGGCCCUGGCACACUCUCUGGACAAACAGGAUUUAGCCUACCUCUGCGUCCAUCUUAACCACAAGUUGCAGCUCUUUGCCGAGCCGCAGCAGGGCAGUGCCGAGACCAGCGACCACAAGGAGAAGUGAAGUAAAAGGUCUUCUUCCUGCUGUCAUGUGCAGCUUCAAGCUAACUGCUGUCUUAAAAUGAGCAGAAAUGUUACAAAAGGGACUUCUCAAUGAGCCUGGUCGUCUGCCGCGCUGAAUAAGAUGCUCUGGCUAUCGCUGCUCAAUGCAAACUCAACUUGACACUGUCCGUUUUAAAGUUUUAUUUUCCCUGUAUAUGUGGUUCCAGAAAGGGAGAUUUUAUUCCACUAGUUGAAAGCACAAUGCUUAUAUUAUAUUUUGGAAGACAGCUCUAUAUUCUGAAUUCAUUUGGGAACAGAGAUUCUUAAAUGUAAUCACAGUAUAGGGGGUUUUAUUGUAAAGUGUGUGUGUCCAAAUUUGAUAUUAUUAAAACAUUUAAAUCAAAUUAACUAAUGAAUUAAGUCAUAUAUUCUUUAUUUUAUUCAUCAUAUAGUAUAUUUGUAUAGGCCUUUACAUACAAAGUGCCAACUGCAGGCAUGCUGUAUUCACAAACAUUUAAAAGAUACUUGUCAAACAAUGGCCUUUCUGAGAUUAUUAAUGUAUUAACUCAGGUACUUCAUUUUAUGUUAGGGCCAGUAAUGUCAUGAACAAAAUAAAUCAAGUGGCCUUUUCUAAAUAUUUCAUUCCUUCUCGAACUUCAAGUACUAAUCUUUGAUUGAACGUGCAUUGUAUGCUGGUAUGAGAUGACUCCGUUGUGGCCUCACUGUAAUGAGAUGAAUAACUUUUAGUAUUGUCAUGUUGAAUGAAUAAAUGUAAUAAGCUGCAUGCA